CCUGCGGUUCUCUUCACCCCCCACCUGCUCCUGGAGCUGUCCAGUCCGGAGGCGGGUGGGCAGGGAACCUACUUAGAGUUCUGCCAGCUUACCCGUGACACGGCUCUGCCCGAGGCGUUUGUAGGGAGCUGUGCUUGCAAAUAAAGGCAGCUGAGCAGAAGGUCCCUAGCCUGGGCACAGGGGGAAAAGGUGAGCAGUGGGGAUGGAUAUGGACAGUGUGUUCUCAGGCUCCUCUCUGCAGAGCCUUGCCAAACUGCUGCGUGAUGCUCCAGAAGAGGAGGAUGAUGAUUAUGAUGAUGUGCCGUGCUGUUCUGUUGGUGCCAUGACUCCUGGGAGUGUUGGACCAGUAAAGAAAGAGACCACCAGUACUUUUCAAGUGAAAUCUGAAAACAAGAAAACCAUUUGGAAUACAGAGGAGGUCCCAGAAGGAUCUGAAUUUGAUGAUACCUGGGACCCUAGAGAAAAGCCAGAGUAUGAGAUUUCAUUCAAGCAGCACGUGGGAACAGAGGAUGUCUUCUUUGGGAUGACUGGGAAAGACCCCUCCACUGCCUGCUGUGAAGAUAUAGUGAUUAAAAUCAAGCUGCCAGAGACAAAGUACUCAGACAUCACAUUAGACAUCCAGGACAAGGUUCUUGACCUUCGAACUCCCAAAAAGAAGCUGCUGCUGCACCUCCCCUACCCUGUGAACAGCAAGGAGGGUAGAGCUCGUUUUCUCUCUGAAGAGGAGAUCCUGGAAGUCACCUUGAGAGUAUCAAGGAAGUUUGAUCUCAUAAAUUUUUCUGAUGGAUAGAGAGAUAGAGAAAGUUUGCAAAAGCUAACUUUCUAGUUUGCAGUCUUUUGGAAACCCAACUUGUUCUGAAAUAGUUGAUUGUUUCCCCUGAACAGUCCAGGGGAAUGUCUGGAGAAAUGAGUCAGGAGGAGCACAGCACCCACAGGUUCUAACAGAUGAUGCUGUCUGGCUCUUACACUGCUCUGGUUAACUUUCUGCCUCCUUCAGUCUGAUACAGACCCUGUGAAUCAGAAAGUGGGAGAUUUCAGUUCUGUGAGCCAGAGAAAGCCUUUGGUGUGGUUG